GUGUAUGACUCCGCCCUAGCCUGUGUGUUGUCGCGGUAAAUGUACAGGAGCCCACGCGGUUGUCCAGGAUGAUUCAAGAACCACGCGUAUUUUCGCUCAUUAAGAGUAUUUAAGGCUAUACAUUAGCCAAAUGAUAGAACUAAAGAGUAUUACACUGUGCAGUUAAUUGUAAGCGAGGAAUUUUGUUAUAGCGUGGCAGACGUACAGUUGCAGUCAGUAUAACGUGUGGAAACCAACGAACGACAUGCCCAGACUUGUCCCUUGUGGUGGAUAGGCCGGAUACAUUAAAUGCGUGUAUAAAAUCACUGACAUGGAUAACGAAUUUCCCAGUCCGCUUUUUUCUUCUUUUUUCAACGACGGUCCUCCUGAUCAGAAACGUGCUGGGAAUAUUGGAGGCUGGAGAUCUUACAACCAUGUGCUCGGACAUGAGCACCAUAGUCAGUCAGUACAAUGGCAGGCUCAAAACCAGGUCAUGGGAGAACGAUGGUUGUCCACGCAACCGAUUGUGGUGCCUCUGCUGCCACCUAGCAGGGCUGAUAUCUAUUCAUUCGAUCCUCACACCAAAACCAAUCCAAUGGACUUCCCUAAACAUAUGCAGAAUUUUUACCUGGGUCAUUCCACACAUGCCUUUCAAACAAUGAGCCACCUUCUAUCUGAAUCCUUUGACCCGGGGGAGAAACAUAGUAGACAGAUGUCUGACUUCCGGCAAUGGAGGAGGCCAUUUCUGAGAGAGCUCAAGUAUACUGCAUGCCCUGUGACCUCUACACAAAAGAGAACUCAGUGUUAUGACAAUGUUUUUGAAGAUGCCCUCCAUGACAUCCCUCCAGCUCUCCUGGCUGAGCUGCUUCAUGAGGAGCUGGGGCUUCAGAGGCAGCACGAGCAGUUUCCAGAGGUGUCCACAGGGGGCGCUCUGGGCUGCGUUCCCUUUUCAGAAUCAAAUGACCCCCAAGAGGGCUGUCUCAUCUUUCCCAGUAAUCCAGGCUUCCAAACACUCAACUUCCACAAGGUGGAGCUGAAGUCAAGCAGGACUGCCUCUCUAAAGCUAAAAGGUCAGCCUAUCACCUUUGACCUGAAUGGACCCAUCAGGCAAGUUAGCAUUGGGACGCCGCAGGACGCUGUUUAUGUAGGGGUGCGUUCAGACCACUUCUGUGGUGCCUGGCUAGUGGGUGAUUCUGUGAAACCUCGAGCCCUGGGGGUCAUUCAGAUGAAUCAGCCAGCUACAUGCCUGGUUGUUAGCCCCCAUGUGUCAAAAGAGCUGCUCGUGGCCAAUGAGAGUGGAGCUGUGUAUCUUUGGACUGUGGGAAAAGGACUAACCAAAGUCAGAGAGGAGGACUCUAACCUCUACUUCAAUGCCAAAUCAACAUGGCGCUGGUGUGAGUUCUCUGCCCACCCAAGAGUCAUGAUCUACACUGACCGAACGGGAGCGGAGCUUACAGACUUCAGGACUGGUGAAGAUCAUAGUUACACCUUAUUCCGCAUUGGUAAGGUGUCGGAGUCCAAGCGUGGUGAACGAGUGAUCCUGUCUCAAUACCUCAGUGAGGUUCAUGCCCACCACCAUCUGAUCACCACACAGUAUUCAGCCUACAUCAUGGACGAGCGUAUGCCAUCCGUGCCCAUGCUGAAAUGGGAGCACUAUAUGGAGAGCCCUCCCAUGUUCGCUCAUGUCUUGGCUGGGACUUCACCUGAGAGAAGCAACCGAGUGCUGCUGGGCUCUCAGAAGGCCCAGGAGCUAAUGAUGCUGCAGUACUCAGGUGGCCGUGAUCAUGCCUGUGUAGCCCAAGGUCCCCAUCAGAAACUACUCUGCCCUAGUGACACAAUGGCUCACCUGCCUGUCAGACUACCUCACAGAAAUCAGGCAGUUAAGGAGAGGCUGUCCCUGCCAGCUGCUGGCCUGGCAGCCAUCCAGAGCAGCCAGCAUCUCUGUGUGCUGCAGCUCUCCACAGCUGGUGACCUGUUCUACCAAUCCCUGAGGCUGUGCUCUGAAGGACUUGCAGAGGAUUCCUCUCAGUCUUCCACGUCCUCCGAGAGGGAGGAGGAGGAGGAGGAGGAUGUAGAUGGAUCCCAGCCCCCAGCAUGUAGUGAUUCCCAACCCAGCAUGGGGAGACGAUCUCCAGGUGGUUUGGAGGUGGUAGUCAGUGACAACCCAGAGCAUCCUCCCACUUCAGAUACGGAGAGUGGAAGUGGUCAGGAACUUCCCCAGUCUUUAGGCCUGUCCAUCCAGUCCGCUGGCAUUGCCACUAGUCUCCCAGGCACUCGGUUGCAGCCUAACAAGAAAGUACUCCGCAAGUGGAAUGCGUGGCUUUCCAGUCUGGAAAGUAAGAUGGCCCCAAAUGCACCCUUCUCCCAUUGUAUGAAACUCACAAGAGACCUGGAUGUGUCUGUUGAGCUCCAGAGAGACCCAUUUAUGGAGCACAAUAUCCAGGGUGUGCAGCAGGACCUGAGGGGGAGCAUGAGCAGAGGGGAGGUUCUUGUCCACUCGGCCACCCACCUGCCUCCUCUCACCGCCCCCCCUGUACCUGGAGUGAUUGAGGCCUCGGAGUGGACCGAUGACACGAGCCAGCGUCUCACUGAGGCAUGGCAGGGCAGGUGGAGGCAGUGGUGGGAGGACAAGCUGGGCCUGAAUCGGGAGCAGAAGCGGGAGGCCCUGCGCAGGAAGCGUCGGCAAGAGAAGAAGGCCAAGGCGCACCGCCGAGUGGCGCUCUCCGGAAGCUUCACCUCCAGCGUCAGCAACCAGACGGACUCGGAAUAUUCUGGAUGGUCCAGCCAAGAUCUGGGAUCGGACUGGGAUGAAGGAGUGCCAAGCCGCCCUGGUUCCAACUGUGGAGCACUCUCACCGGAGAUCCCAAUCACCCCAAAUCGGAGUUCAGUGAAACCUCUUUUCCAGAGCACUCAGUCAUCAGAGCAGGACGCCAACGUCCCUCGCAUUUCCACAGCAUCAAAGCAGGACUCUGUCCCUGUGGACUCAAUCAAAUCACCGCCACACUUCCUGACCACCGACUCCAGCAGGGCCUCGCCCCAUAAGAAACUCAGACGGACAGAGCAGGAUCUUCUGGAGUCUCUGUUUAGCUCUCAGGAGCCCAAUCAGGCUCUGUCAGAGGAGAGCUCCUUCCCUGUGAUGACCCAAUCCUCCCAGCGACCCCCUCUGAUCCGGGCGUCCCUCUCGCAAGCCUCCAAGCCCAAGAAGAAGGCGGCUCGCAUGGGCUUCUAAUGACUACAUGGCAUGUAAUGGAUGUGCAUGGAAGUUUACGUGUCUGUGUUGUGUUUACCUCUCACUCUCAUCCCAGCCCCCCUCCGGGAUAGUUGGCAGAUCAGGGACGCUGUAGUAGCUGCUGUGCAGGUUCUGUGCUGUGCGUCUGGAGACGAUCCACACCAGCUUCGUGUGAUCAGGCUUGCUGCACUCGGGUGAGGAGUAUUCUGAUAUGCACUGGGCCACAAGUCCCCUCCAAUGCUGCAGCUCGGACUCUGAGAUCUGGGGUGGGUGGACGGUCACAAUCAUCACAACACUGGACACCUACUUACAUAAGAGCAACUCUUCCAGCAGUCGGCAGCCCUCCAGCCCAGCUGAGAUAUGUAAGGGGAUAGCUGGCUGACUGCGCAGUAACUAUGUGAAGCCUUAACGUUUGAGAGAGACUUGGUUUUCAUCACAGAGUCAAAGGAACUUUAUCUGUGUCUGUUGCUGCUUUGCAGAUAUAUUUCAGGCUUAAUUCUGUAUGGGUCUUGUCAGUUAUAGGAAUGUUGUGUGCCAUUUAUUAAAUGUGUCACUUAUGUGAAGUCACAGCUAAAAUCCUCAGGUUCAAGACUUGAGGCACCCAAUGCUUGACCCAAAUCCCUUAACCAUCCAAGGAAAUGUUUGUUUGCUGACCUUUAAGUGCCUCUGGACACGCUGAGCGAUCUCCAACAUGUCAACAGACUGCAAGGCCUCGACCUCCAGGGUGAGGAGCGAGAGGGCCAGCACUGACGGCUGAAAGCACAUAGAGAUGAGGAUUAAUGAAGCUACUCCAUCGCAAGUGUGUCACAGGUUGGCAAGUGGUGUGAUGAGGGAGCUUACUUUAGCUUUGGAAAAAACAAUGCGGCAGAGGCAGGCUCUCAGCUGCGCCUCCAGCUUGUCUUGGUUCAGGACUUCCUUCCUGUUUAAACAGAUGGGGGAAAACGGCGCAACUUUUUGUGAGAAACUAAUACAGCCAAAAGGAAUGCAAAUGCCCAGGUUUUUGAAUUAUGACUGUAUGAUGUAACAACACCUUAUCUUGUGAGUUAUAUAGACAUGACAUGAUAAAAAUGCUUGCCCUGAGUGAAUACAGCCGACUGACCUAUAUAAACACUUGAUGGUUCAAAGUUAA